AUGAUACAACUAGAGGAAAGAGAUAUGCCCCAGAUUCCUGGGACAAAGUUGGAGGAUGGUGAAGCUAGAGAAUUACGAGGAAUGGUGGCAGACUUACUUGGUAGAAGAAAUUUUAACUUUCCUGGUUCUCAACCAGUAUCAUUUGAAAGAAAGCAUUUAGUGGAAACAUUGAAGACAAAGGACUAUUUCGUGUGUGAGAAGACCGAUGGAUUGAGGUGUUUAUUGUUUAUAAUAUACGACAACGCCAAGGGAGAAGGGGUAUUCUUAAUUACCCGUGAAAAUGAAUAUUAUUUCGUACCAAACAUACAUUUCCCAUUAACCACCCACGAGACAGCUGAACAAAAAGAAUAUCAUCAUGGAACUCUUCUAGAUGGAGAGUUAGUAUUGGAAAAUAAGAAUGUAAGCGAACCAGUACUCAGAUACUGUAUAUUUGAUGCCUUAGCCAUAAAUAGUAAAACAAUUGCUGAUAGACCGUUACCAAAAAGACUAGGAUAUAUUACUGAAAAUGUCAUGAAACCAUUCGAUAAAUUCAAAAUAGAAAACCCCAAGAUUGUUAAUUCUCCUGAAUUCCCAUUUAAAGUAAGUUUCAAAAUGAUGAGACCUUCGUAUAGAGCAGACCAAGUGUUAUCUAUGAAAGAUCAACUUUUCCAUGAAUCAGAUGGAUUGAUUUUUACCUGUGCUGAAACACCAUAUGUAUUUGGAACCGAUCAUUCAUUAUUAAAAUGGAAGCCAGCAGAAGAAAACACAAUUGAUUAUGAACUAGAAUUUGUAUUCAAUAAAUUUCAAGAUCCUGAUAUAGAUGAGAAGGAUCCAUCAUCAACAUACACUGAUUAUGAUUCCAAACCCAAUUUGAUAAAAUUAAGAGUCUGGCAAGGUGACAAUGUUCAUAGUGAUUUUGCUAAAUUAUACCUCGCGGAUGAAGAUUGGGAAAAAUUGAAGAAUUUGGGUGAACCAUUACAAGGAAGAAUAGCAGAAUGUAGACAAAGUCCUUCUCAACAUGGAUUUUGGGAAAUGUUAAGAUUCAGAAACGAUAAGAGUAAUGGUAAUCAUGUAAGUGUUGUGGAAAAGAUCUUGUUAAGUAUAAAGGAUGGUGUAAAAGAGCAAGAAAUCAUCGAUUUCUGUCCAAUAAUAUCAGAAAAUUGGAAAAGAAGAGAAUCAGAUAGAAAGAGGAAACUGGUAUCACAACAACCCAUGGAGCAUGUUAAGCGUCAUGCGGAACCACCAAGAGAAAGCGAGCCUCCUGUUAAAAGGAGCAGAGGUAACGAAAAUUCCCUCGAGUUGCCUACAUAUGACGAGAGUGACGAUGAAUAG